AUGCAAGUUUUUGACAACCUCGCUUUGCAAGAAGUAUAAUCUAUAAGUGUUGAUGACUCUCCUGAUAGAUUGAAGGAGAUAAUUAGAAUGAUUUUAUAGGAAUUGAAUUAAAUGGGAUAUGAUGAUGUUUGUAAAAUUCUUGAAGAUGAAUCUCAAACUAAAUUAGACACUACAUAAAUUAGUGAGUUAAAAGAAUCCUUUUUAAAUGGUGAUUAUGAAAAUAUUUUAUAACAAUUAGACUACUCAGACAUAAUCAAUAGAGUACUUUAUUAUUUAAAAUAGAAAUUAUAAUUUGAGAUAUAAAAAUAAUUGUACUUAGAAAUAGUUCAAUAAAGGAAUUAUGAACAAGCAGUUAAUUUAUUAAGGUAAUUAUCAGAAUACAAUGAAUAAGAAUCAUAGGUUUUAGCUAAGUAAAUAAGUUAAAUAUAAUUAGAUUGAUAUUUGUUUCAGAAGAUGCUUCUUAAUUAUAUGCUUAAUUAGGGAUACCUACAGAUUAAAAAGAAUAAAGAUUAUAACUUUAUUAAAAAAGUCUAAAUCUUUUAAAUUUUGGUGAUUUUUCAUUAUAAACUUAAUUUGAUAAAGUAAUUGAUCAAGCUUUAGAAUAUUAAAUUAAACGUUGUCCAUAUCACAAUGAUUCAAAUGAGAAUAAAAAUUACUCUUUAUUAAUUGAUCACAAUUGUUAAUCGUAUUAAAUACCUAAAAAUAAUUCGAUUCUUUUUUAAGGUUUUGAUGAUGAAGUUUGGAUUGGCAAGUUCUCUAAUUCAGGUAUAUGGAUUGGUUGUGCAACAAGAAAAAAUUCAAUAUAUAUUAUUUCAAAGGAUUAUCAAUAUAAAAUAAAUAAAGCUCAUGGGAUGGAUAUAAAUUCAUUAGUGUUUUCAUCAGAUGAUAAAUUGUAAAAAUGAAUAAUUUUAAAUGAUUAGGUUAUUUUCAGGAUCAAAUGAUAAAAAGAUUAAUGUGUAUGAUGUAUAAACUGCUUAAUUAAAACUAACAAUAAAUUAACAUACUAAUGAAGUUUUAUGUUUGGCUUAUUUUAAAAAGUAUUUUAAUAUAUAAUUAUAAGUCAUUUAUUUAGUGGUGGUGUAGAUGGAUGGAUAGGUAUAUGGUAAGACAAUGGUAAAUUAGUGAAUUAAAUAAAAAGCAAAGUAGUAAAGAAUAUUUUAUUAACAGAUUAAUACUUGUUGCUUCAUAAUGCUGCAAUAUUUUCAAUUACUGUUAUUGAAAAUGAUUUUAAAUUUAAUAAAAUAAUAACACAUAUGGAAGAAUAAGAAUUGAUUGUUUCAUCAGCUGUCAGUUAAAAUUAAUAAUUCCUAGUAUUAAAUGUUUCUAAAGAAAAACCAAAAUUACAUCUUUGGAGUUUGAAAACAUUUUAAAAAUAGCAUGUUUUUUUUGGAUUUUAAGUUAAAGGAAUUGAAAUGAAAUGUUGCUUUGGUAGUAAAAAAGACAAUUAUGUUUGUGUUGGUAGUUAAGAUGGUAAAGUAUAUUUUUUUAAUAAAAACAAUUAAUUAUAAUAAAAUGUCAUUAAUGGACAUAAUUAAGCUAUUAAUUUCGUUGAUUGGCAUAGUUAAACAGCCUAAUUAUUAACAGCAAGUGAUGAUAAAACUGUUAAAAUAUGGACAUAAGACUAGGUAGUAUAAUAAUAAAUAAUUAAUAUUAUUAAUGAAUAGGAUUAACCAUCAAAUUCUUAAUUAAGUGAAAUUGUAGAAGAGUAAAAUGAUCAUGAAGAAGAAGAAUACUAAUAAUAAUCAGAGGGAGAUCAAUCAUUUUGA